AUGAAAAAACUGUAUGACGUCAUAAAGGAUGCAACGUACGAGAAGUGUAUCAAAAGUCAAUCUUAUAUUUCUAUAAAUGAUAACGAUGGCAUCCAGUUUACUGAUUCUAUUGAAAUGAUGCCUCCAAAAAAAAAGCAAUGGAAUGCAGAAGCGAUGAAGAGGGCAGUAGAAGCAGUUAAGAACAAGGAAAUUGGAACUCUCAAGGCGUCUAAAGCAUUUGGCGUGCCCAAAAGCACACUGAUUGAUUAUGUAAUAAGUAAGAAAUCGGUUGAUACAUUACUUGCUAUCAAAUUAGGCAGAAAACCUACUUUAACAAAUGAACUUGAAGAAGCACUAGUUGAGUAUGCUCUCGAAAUGGAAACAAGCUGGCGAUACGUAAUGGGCUUAAGCAUCCUUUUUCUUGCCGAAGUGCCGCUGCUGGAAAAAAAAUGGUUGAAAUCGUUCAUGUCAAGACACCCAAAAUUGUCUUUCCGAAAACCACAGGGAAUUUCUGCAGCCCGUGUUAAGGGUUUUACAAAAGAGAAUGUUCAAGCAUUUUUCAACCUCCUUGGUAGCGUUUUGCCAAAAGUUGGCUUUAAUCCAGCAGCAAUCUAUAAUGUUGAUGAGACUGGUAUUACGACAGUACAACACAAACAUGCCAAAGUGAUAAGUUUGAAAGGAAAAAGGCAAGUUGCAGCUUUAACUGCUACGGAACGGGGUGCUUUAGUAACUAUUGUAACGAGUAUGAACGCUGUCGGUCGUUACAUACCACCAAUGUUGGUGUUUCCCCGCAAAAAUAUGAAGCCUGAUAUUAGAUGGACACUAUUCUCAUUCAAGGAAUAUUGA